AUGGCAAAGAGAAGUAGAGUAAAUACCUCUCAAAGGAAGACUUUACGUCAAAAGGAAGAUGAAUACAUUGAAAACUUGAAAACUAAAAUUGAUGAAUAUGACCCUAAGAUAACUAAGGCCCAAUUCUUUAAAGACCUUCCCAUUAGUGAUCCUACUUUGAAAGGCUUAAGGGAAUCAUCCUUUAUAAAACUCACAGAGAUCCAAGCAGACUCUAUUCCAGUGUCCUUGCAAGGUCACGAUGUGUUAGCGGCUGCAAAGACAGGUUCUGGUAAAACGUUAGCAUUUUUAAUUCCGGUUAUCGAAAAACUAUACCGCGAAAAAUGGACCGAAUUCGACGGACUGGGUGCCCUUAUUAUAUCUCCAACAAGAGAAUUAGCUAUGCAAAUAUACGAGGUAUUGACUAAAAUAGGUAGUCACACUUCAUUUUCAGCUGGGUUAGUUAUUGGGGGUAAAGACGUUAAAUUUGAACUGGAAAGAGUAUCCAGAAUUAACAUUCUCAUCGGUACGCCUGGCCGUAUCUUACAGCAUUUAGACCAAGCUGUAGGUUUAAAUACUUCCAACUUACAAAUGCUUGUUCUUGAUGAAGCUGACAGAUGUUUAGAUAUGGGGUUCAAAAAAACGCUAGAUGCUAUAGUAAGCACUCUGUCACCAUCCAGACAAACGCUAUUAUUCUCAGCCACUCAAUCUCAAUCCGUUGCUGAUUUGGCUAGGCUGUCAUUGACAGAUUAUAAAACCGUCGGUACACAUGACGUUAUGGAUGGCUCCGUUAGCAACGAGUCGUCUACUCCCGAAACUUUACAACAAUCGUAUAUUGAAGUUACUUUGGCAGACAAAUUGGAUAUUCUUUUCAGUUUCAUAAAAUCACAUUUAAAAUGCAAAAUGAUUGUUUUUUUAUCAAGUUCUAAACAAGUACACUUUGUUUAUGAGACAUUUAGGAAAAUGCAACCUGGUAUCUCUUUAAUGCAUCUACACGGUAGACAAAAACAACGUGCCAGAACAGAAACUUUAGACAAAUUUAAUCGUGCUCAACAAGUCUGCCUUUUUGCCACAGAUGUUGUUGCUAGAGGUAUCGACUUUCCUGCAGUUGAUUGGGUUGUUCAAGUUGAUUGUCCAGAGGACGUUGACACAUAUAUUCAUAGAGUUGGUAGAUGUGCCCGUUAUGGUAAAAAAGGUAAGUCAUUGAUUAUGUUGACUCCACAAGAGCAGGAAGCGUUCCUAAAAAGAUUACAGAUAAGGAAGAUUGAACCAAGCAAACUAAAUAUAAAACAAUCGAAGAAAAAAUCCAUCAAACCACAAUUGCAAUCAUUACUAUUCAAGGAUCCAGAGUUAAAAUAUCUAGGACAAAAGGCAUUCAUAUCGUACGUGAGAUCUAUCUAUGUACAAAAAGACAAAGAAGUUUUCAAAUUCGAUGAAUUACCAACAGAAGAAUUUGCUUACUCUCUUGGUUUACCGGGUGCUCCAAAAAUCAAAAUGAAGGGUAUGAAGACCAUUGAACAAGCCAAAGAAAGGAAAAAUGCUCCAAGACAGCUAACCAUCUUAUCAAAGGCAAAUGAAGACGGCGAAGUAAUUGAUGACAAAUCGAAACAACCAAGGACAAAAUAUGAUAAGAUGUUUGAACGUAAGAACCAAACCAUCUUGAGUGAACAUUAUUUAAAUAUAACUAAAGCUCAGGCGAAGGAAGACGAAGACGAAGAUUUCAUCUCUGUCAAGCGUACAAAUCAUGAAAUAAAUGAAGCCGAGUUACCAGCUUUAACCCUUCCUACUUCAAGGCGAGCACAGAAGAAGGCACUUUCUAAGAAAGCAUCCCUGUCUUCCAAAGGCAACGCUAGCAAACUAAUAUUUGAUGAUGAGGGCGAAGCGCAUCCGGUUUAUGAAUUAGAAGAUGAGGAAGAAUUCCAUAAGAAAGGCGAUGCGGAGGUUCAAAAGACAGAAUUUUUAAACAAAGAGUCUGCAGUGAUGGCAGAUAUUGACAAUAUUGACAAGCAGGUGGCUAAGGAAAAGAAACAAGAGAAGAAGAGAAAGAGACUAGAAGCAAUGAGAAGAGAUAUGGAAGCUGCUAUGGAAGAUGAAUUUUCUGGGGAGGAAGAGGAAGGAAAGCCAGUAGCUUAUUUAGGAACAGGUAACUUAAGCGAUGAUAUGAGCGGCGAUGAUAUGUCUGAGUCAGAGGGUCGCUUAAAAAAGAAAGCUAGAACUGUCGAUUAUUCCCACGGUAACAAACCAUCCAAUCCAGUCGAUGAUAACAUUAUUGAGGUGGAAGAACCACAAACUUUGGAAGAUUUAGAGUCUUUGACAGCCAAAUUGAUUCAAGGUUAA